UUAACAUUUGUAACUAUUGUGUUUUGAGGUGAAAUGCGUAUCGUAUUACAGUAACGUAUACCAUUCAGAAGUGUAUCAGAAUUCUUUCACUCCAGCAGCAGGGCACCUCUACACUUCUAAACGUUCGCUAGUUUCGUCAAGCGUUGGUAUGCUACUGAAGGCUAUACGAUUUAGAGGUGCUUUGCGAACAUGUGGGGGGGUAUUGUCGCUAUUGGUGGCCGUGGUCAUUUUCUCAAGUUGGCCGACAUUUGUAUUUAUGUGGACCAGGUCGGCGGAGAAAAAACACUUGGCUAGAAUUAUUGAACAAUCAAUUGCAAAACAACAGAUGAUAGGAGCCGGGCUGCAGUUGGCGAUAGCAUCACCAGUAGUGCCUCAGUCGCGAAACAAGAGAUUGAUUCUAUCAUGGGGAACACCAUGGGAUCUACCUUGGUACCAAGAAGGACACGUCGUUGGGGAUUGUACAAUCACAUACAAUAAGCAUCGAAUACAAGAAGUAGGAGCUGUUAUGUUUCAUUAUACAGCGCUAGACCAGGAGACAAUGCCAUGGAAACAUUAUAGGGCUUCGGAUCAAUUCUUUGUCUUCUGGUCAAUGGAUAGCCCAGCUUAUGUGAAAAAUGAAAAGAAUCGUGACGUCACGAAGUUUGACAAUAGCUUUAUUAAUUGGACCAUGACGUAUAGACUGGACUCUGAUAUUUUUUCACCUUUUCUGCAAUCCACUGAGGCAAAGCGGUUGUUUUAUAGCGUCGGGAGGACAACGGUUCAGCGAUUAUUAAACAAGAAAAGCAAAGUCGCGUUAUGGCUUGUCAACGAUUGCAACCACUUAAAGGGAUCAACGGAACGAGUUAAAUACGUUCAAGCGUUAGUAGGCGCUGGCUUACCAGUAACAAAGUACGGUCGGUGCUUUGGAAACCAAGAAGAAUACAGUGCACAUCGCCCAGACGAACUACUAAGCUACAAGUUUUUCCUUGCCUUUGAAAACGCGAAGGACUGUCGCUACUACGUAACGGAGAAUUUUUGGCGCAAUGCGAUUCAUUACGGAAGGGUGCCAGUGGUCUGGGGUACAUCUAAAAAAGACCUUAUGAAAAUAGCACCGGGCUCGUCGUUUAUACAUACGGAAGAUUUUAAAUCGCCAACUCACCUGGCGGAAUAUCUAUUAUACCUUGAUAAGAACGAUACUGCUUACAGAGAAUAUUUUAACUGGAUUGGAACACCUUUACAGAGAGAUAGGAUAAUUGCACAGUUAUAUCAGCGAACAAGAGAAGAAGCAUUAUGUAAUAAAGUAAUGUCGAACCCAACACCGAAGAUCACUGAAUCAGUAACUGAUUUCUUUUUUAACUCCGAAUCAAAUACUUGUUUGGCUUAAUUUUUUGGAA